GCUGUUGAGGUCGAAGGGAAGGCUUUGGGCCUGGGAUUCAUGCGAAUCUGGAGCGAUAAACGGUACCGGAGCCGGAGAGACAACGUAUUUGGUGAGCGGCUGCUUUCAUGUGGAAUAUUGGAAAAAGCCUUAUUCAAGAUACAUUGUGAACUUUAAGCAAUGGAUCUGCCCAACUACAGCAAACAGCUCUUACAGCAGCUGCACACGUUGUGCAAAGAGCAGCAGUUCAGCGAUUGCACGAUAUAUAUCGGUACGUUACAUUUCCGCGCUCACAAACUUGUCCUGGCUGCCGCCAGUCUGCUGUUUAAGUCCUUGUUGGAAAGUACCGACACCAUCUCCAUCGAUGCAUCUGUCGUCACUCCAGAGGAAUUUUCCUUGCUUUUGGAAAUGAUGUACUCAGGGAAACUACCCCCCGGGAAACACAACCUUACAAAAGUCAUCUCCGUCGCCGACAGCUUGCAAAUGUUUGAUGUGGCGGUGAGCUGUAAAAAUCUUUUGACGGAAAUUAUGAGCCACUCGGCGCAGAAUCAGAAGUUGAAGGAUGUUGUAAGUCAGCCGAAACCUGUCACCAGACCGGAAAUCCUUCCGAAACAAGACUCUGGGAAUACAAUAAAUAACAUAGCGAAUGAAACUCCCCCCGUAGAUAAAAUUGCAGCAUCCGUUAAUAUGGUUGGACUGCCUAUGGUUUCAGCGAAAGCACCAGAGGCUGAUAAAUGCACAGAAAUGGAUCCCCCUCCAGGAGAACCAGAGGCAGAUGGGACUUCACAGUCUCCAAACGUAACGGAUUCUGCACUUUCCACGGAGACCGUUCAAUCAAUGGAUACCGACCAAGCCGUGGUUUCAAAGGCUUCUGAAAACUUGGUUGAAUAUCCUACAGGCGAUAAUGUGAACGGCGCUGCAGAAUUGGACGCCGCCUCUGUCUUGGAGAAGUCUGAUACGGUAGCAGGUGUUCUGGAGGCUGACGGUUCGCCGCGUACGCCUACUGACGGCCAAAAGCAAACAGAGCAAGAAAUCCACGAGGAUUCUGCUACAAGAUCAGAGCGUUCUUGUGAUUCCCCGCCAGUGUCCUCCGCACAGGUUGAUAGUUUAGAGGAGGAUUCUGGGCCAGCAAUGAAGAAAAGAAGACUUAAUGACACAGAGAACGAAAAGGGUUCUGGUGAGUUGGAUUUUCUUAUCCGUUAUGAAAGCAUCUUCAGUGAGGCUCUUUCAGACCCACAAAGUGUGUUGGAGAACCUGAAAAAAUGUCAGCAUAUCGAAGAAAAGGAAAAGCAGGUAGUGAUGGAGUGCUGCCAGGCGGAAGAAGGGAGGUCUACUUUUGCAAAGCUUCUAGAAAAGGUUAGAGAUGGACAGAGUAUCAUUGUAGAUACGGUUCUGGCUCUCCUCAAACUGUGCAGGGACACACAUCCUUACGUUGAUGAGGCUUUACGAGAGAAGGACCCCAAGGAAAUCCAACUUCAGGAGGAGGAUUCGUUGGAUGCAGAAUCGCCAGCAAAAGAUAAGACGUUGUUUGAUCUCUUAUUGGAACACAAAGAGGAGCUGAUCCAGUGUAUUACUGAGGUCAGUCCGAUUAUCGAGUGUCUGGACACAGCUGAAGAAGGAUUUCUCACUAACAUUGAGAAGCAGGUGAUUCUUGAUUGCUGUGAAGGUAGAUCACAUAAAGAAGCUAUGGACAGACUUGUGAGGAAAGCAUCUGAAACUAAAACACUGAGUCCUGAUAGUCUGGUGAAGCUUUUACUAGCAGUGAGAGAGGCUUUUCCAGACCUGCAUACAUUACUCGAAUUAUUGGAACCACUGAGCAAGAAAUCCUUCUCCAAAGCUAUGUUGAGUACAGCUGACUACGGACUUGAAUUGUUGAGGCAGUACCAGGAAAAUUUUUGUGAAGUGGUAACAAAUUCAGAAAUCGUGCUCAGCGGGAUAUCUUCAGCUACUAAUUUAACUAGUUAUGAAAGAGAGGUAAUGGAAGAUAUCGUGAAGAAAAAUUCGAAUACUCAGAUUUUUAGCACUUUGAUGUCAUUGGUUUUGGAAGAACAGACAAUGACCGCGAUGGCUGUCUGGCAGCUGCUAUUAGCGAUGCAAGAGACCAAUCUAUCUCUGAAGUCGCUCAUUGAAGAGAUUCGUAAGGAGCCUGGUGCCGAAGCCUUCUUUUACACAAUAACCAACCGAGAAAAUGAAGCAGCCGAAAUAUUAGUGCGCCAUUGUGACCUGAUAGUUCAAGCAGUCGGUCAGAAUGAUAUUCUCGGGUCUUUACCCUCAGAAGACACGGCUCUGUCGGAUUUGGUGAAAGAGCUGCUAAAUCCCCCAGCACACAGUGAAGACAAUGAGUUGCAUUCAAAGCUAGUUCUAAGCUCUGCAUUCCAUCAGAAUGUCCCCGUCAUGAAAUUCUGUCAUUUGCUCUUCAGUGCCCAGGACUCUGUUCCGGAUUUACAACCAAUCAUAAAAGACCUAGAAGAGCUGGGUUUGUUCAUGAAAGCCACAGAAAAUACGCAAACUGUUAGUAAAUGGAAUGUUACUGAUGAUAGCCAACUAGUUGUCGCUGAAGAGGUUGAAGAGAGAAAUGACGAAGAUGCAAAAGAUGAGGAAAAUGAGAUGGCCGAGUCCAAGAAGGACCAAACUGAAUCGGCGCAAGAUAAAGAAUCUGCUCGUGCUUCCAAAAAGAGCUUCAUCUGCCAGUUGUGCGACAAGAUAUUCCUGUUCCGCUGCCGCCUGGAGGUGCACAUGAAGCGCUGCCGAAUGGCAAAGAAGAACCCUUUACAAUGCAAAGACUGCAACGAGGUGCUGAAAUCCCGGAAACAGUUGGACCGGCACCGUGAGGAAGUCCACGGUUACUCGGCAUCUCGGUCAAGUAAAGGGAAGAGGAAACUGCUGGUUACGUGUGACAUUUGCGGCAAAGAGUUUGCUCAUCCUUCAGGUUUACAGUAUCACAAAAGGACAGAGCAUUUCGACGAGAAGCCGUUCUCCUGCAAUGAAUGCGGGGCUAAGUUUGCUGCCAACUCUACGCUGAAGAACCAUCAACGUCUUCACACCGGGGAGCGGCCAUUUGUCUGCAAGCAUUGUCACAUGACCUUCACCCAGGCAGCGGCCCUCUCCUACCACACCAAGAAGAAACAUUCUGAAGGAAAGAUGUAUGUGUGUCAGUAUUGUGAUGCUGUCUUUGCGCAAUCGAUUGAACUGACGCGGCAUGUAAGGACACACACGGGAGACAAGCCAUACGUGUGUCGAGAAUGUGGAAGAGGUUUUAGCCAAGCGAACGGUCUUUCCAUACACUUGCGGACAUUCCACAAUAUCGAAGAUCCGUAUGACUGCCAGAAAUGCAGAAUGAGUUUUCCAACAUUGGAAGAGAACCGGCAACAUAUCCAAGUGGUUCAUUCCAAGGAAUACCAUCCGUGCCCUACGUGCGAAAAGAUCUUCAGCGCUCCUUCCCUGCUGGAACGUCACAUUGUCACUCAUGUGGGAGGAAAACCCUACAACUGUGGAAUAUGCGACAAGGCAUACCAGCAAUUGUCCGGCUUGUGGUAUCACAACCGCACGCACCACCCUGAUUUGUUUGCUGCCCAGAACCAUCGAACAUCCAAGUUUUCUGUCCAGUGUAAUAUGUGCGAGCAGUACUUCUCAAACACAGCCAUCCUCCAGAAACAUGCAAAAAUAGAGCACGCCGAAGGUAAAGUGUAUGAAUGUGACAAGUGCAAGCUGACAUACCCCACGCCUGCCGCAUUGAAAGUGCAUGUAAAAUGUAAACAUUCAGGUUCCCAGCCAUUCCAGUGUCUUUACUGCAGCGAGUGUUUUCAGUUCCCCGGUGCCCUGCAGCAUCACGUCUCCACUGAUCACUUUAACGAGACCGAGAGUACUUUCGGUUGCGAGCUUUGUGGCGAGCUUUUCACCAAUCAGUCCCAGCUGGAGAGGCACUAUGAAACCGAUCAUCUCACCGAAACGCACUCCAGCGACGCUCAGGUGGUGCAGGUGAUUCAAGAUCAGGUAGCAUCGACAGAGCAGGUAAUUACUUUGGAUGAAUCUCACCUUGCCGGUUCCCAGGUGAUCGUUGCUUUACCGGAUUCCCAAACCAACCAAGCCACUACCGAGCUGGUGGCCGUCAGCAUGGAAGACUUGUUGGACGGCACAGUUACUCUUAUAUGUGGAGACUCGACAGUUACUGGCGUAACGCAAAGAACUCAAAGCUAAACCAGUGCGCUUUAAACUCAGUUUUUCCUUCCAUUGGAAUUCUUUCAGGUUGUAAAUUGGGGCAGCUUUUAUACCACUUGCAAGUAUUUGGAACUUACACCGCCAUUUCUAUUUUUGACACUCGUUCUACAAACUGACUCUGAAUUUGCAUUCAUUUAUUUACAGUCUCGCUAGCCUUUAAAUCAGCCUUAAGGAUGGCAAUGUGUUUUUCCCAAUUCAUGUUGGCAUCACAUGCUAUGUUUUGACUACUGGCUUGGAAUUACAUUCUACUACUUUUUUUG